AUCCCUCCUGUCCUGUGUGGAUUUUAUCGCCCUAAAGGUCUAGGUGAAGUUUUAGAGAACCCAAGCCUGGACAUUACUUCAAUGAAUCCAUAAAGCUGAAAAAAUCAUGACUGUCUCUGUUGCUGACUCUGGAGCUCUCAUAACAUGUAAGUUAGUCCUUGUGUUUCUGAAUUUGAUGAAAGGUGCUGAUCCUGUUGACCUUAUGAUGCCUUCUAAAUAACGUAAAUAGAGGAAUAGCUUCUUUAACUGCACCUGGUAACCUUUUUGUCACAAACAUCUUCAGGUUGCAGGAAACAGAAGUCUAAAUAGGAUCUGGUGUUAAAGGUUGUUGUUAUUUUUGGACAGUAAUUUGCUGCACACAUUGAUGGUUGAUAUUUCACAACCUUGUGCUCUCCAUCCCUCGGCCACUCUGCAUCCUGUGGAGUGGUAGUGGCGAAGCAAUCCCUCCAUCUACACAUGGCAGUCAGAAUUUAUCGAGCGGCAGCCAAUCAGAGAGCUCCUUUUAGGGCGAGCCUCCAGUGCGCUCGGCCAAUCAGGAGCGCGGAAUCAGAACCGUGCCUCUGAGUUGUGCACAUUGACUGUGCAGCGAUGCGGUCACGUGACGCCUGGAGAAGGAAUGCCAACAUGGACCCGUGGCAAGGACGGGAUCCGUGAGUGUGCUGUGACAAUAACACGACGCAGGAAGGAGACUACACGAGGAUCCGGGAUCCCGUCGACGGUGCUGCCGUUCUUCACCAGGCCUGCCUCGAACCACACACGGUAGGUCGAGCCAAAUGUUCGGGAUCCUGCUCCGUGAGUCCUCCGGAGAGACGGAGUAUAAAUAGAACAGUUUCUGACCCAACUUGAGACCCGUGGAUUACUAUGGAGGAGCAGGACCAUGGAGGCGGAUUACCAUGUGAUCGAUCCUGCUUAUUUAAACACACCUAGAGGCUCGUUGAUCCGCUCUCGUAGACCGAGUAUCGGCUCGUGGUUUGUUUUCUUCUCCAUACGGGUCUGGGCGCGUCAGUGCGGGCCGUGUUUACCGUGCGCCGUGCUGGUGCGCUGUGUGGAGUACGAGGCCCUGCUGCAACAUGUGCCAGACCGUCUGACAGCAAACAUCCUUUACAUAACAGAGAGGAAGUCUUCCUUCAGAGAGACGAGCUGUGUGGACUCAGGUUUCAAACUUAAGGAUUGAGUGAUCCUGCUUCUGGAUCGAGUUUCAAACCACAUCCUCUGCUCUGCAUUGGGCCUGGAUCAAUGGUGUCUCUCAGCAGCAGAACGCUGAGCUCGGAGAAUGACCUGUUCAGGGACAGCGGCCUCUUCUCCCUCAACCUGGGAGACUGCGCCUGCAGCGAGGGGGGCAGUUCAGCCUCUUGCGACAGCCCUGAGGCAGGGGAGCUGGAGGCUAUGCACAUCUGCAGCCCUGGAGAGGAGGAGGAUGAGGAGGAGGAUGAUGAAGAUGAAGGGUCAUGUCUGCAGAUUUUUCUAGGAGAGGAGCCUGAGAGCGAGGAGCAUAAGCUGCCAGAUUUCCCUUUCCAUCCCUCCUCCCCGUUCUCCCCGACUCUGGAGGACAUCGAGGAGUUCUUGAGGGAAAAGAUGGAGCUGGUGAAAGAGGGGCUGCUGGUCCCGAAAGAGGAGGCCAGCCCUCUACCAUGCAGUAUCACUCCACCCUCUGAUGCACCUCCAUCUGCUUCCACAGACACUGGCAGUGACCACGGGACUACUUCCUCUCUUUGUCCUUCACGUCCAGACACCCCUAAGAACGUGAGCAGCCCAAGUCCAGCUGACCCGUCCCUGUCUGCCGAAGUGAACCCUUCACCCGCCAGCUCAACCCCACCUAUGCUCCUAGGUGGUCCGUUGGUGCUCCAGCUGCAGCCCCUCCCUCUGACCCAGCCUCAGACUCCAACAGGCUCUCCUCCCGGGGCCCAGAGUGGCAUUUGGCUCACUCAUCUUGUGAUGGGGCUCCAGGGUGCAACAGGACAGAAUGUCACCCUCCUGACCCCGCAGGUGCCCUCCACCGGCACCACCCUGCUAGCACUAAACACCGGAGAUGGCAAGCCAGGUGACCACAAGUACGUGAAGAUUGCCCCUCUGCCCAUCACCAUGAGGACUCUAGAAAUCACAGGUUUGGCCGGGGUUGGAGGUCAGAGCGGAGGUGUGUUGAAGACUGUUACUCCCAGGGUGACCAGAGUGCCGCCCACAGAGAGGGUCCAUAAGUGCUCACACCCGGGCUGUGGGAAGAUGUACACUAAAAGCAGCCACUUGAAGGCUCACUUCCGCCGGCACACGGGAGAGAAGCCAUACACAUGCAGCUGGCCUGAGUGCGGGUGGAGGUUCUCCCGAUCGGAUGAGCUGUCCCGUCACCGUCGAUCUCACUCAGGCGUCAAGCCAUACGAGUGCUCCCUGUGCGAGAAGAAGUUCGCCCGCAGUGACCACUUAUCCAAACACACAAAGGUCCACCGCAGCUCCAGGCCCAGCAGGAUUAUUAGAGCCACUGUGUGACACCUUCAGCUGGCUGAAAGCCUGCCCUGCACCCACCCAGCCAGCUCCACCUGACCUGGUUCUGCUUGGACCAGGGGGCUCCCUCAAGACUUUUGGUGCUUCAUAAGCAGAACAUUCAGAAGGAUCUUGAGCUGGCUGCGGUUUUUUCCUCAUGGUUUCCUUCCUCUCCCUCCUCCCUGCUGUUUAUCUUUCACUGCUCCCUCUGAGCAGCUCGUCUGAUAGCAAGCGAACAGCUUCCACGGGAAGGACUCAGUUGAAAGUGAUUUCCUGGCUUUCCACACAGAUACUUUAAACACACAAUAGGAUACAGUCUUGCAGCGGCCCCUCUUGCGAUCACUACUUGCCUUCAGUUCUUGUUUCUGAGCGACCGGGUGCUGUGAACAGUAAGAGGAGUGUCUGUAAUUCAAUCAUUUCCUUUCUUAUUUGGAGAUUACCCUUCUUCAUCAAAGCCAAACUUCAGGGUCCACAUUGAUAAAGCUUCCCAUCACUUUGUACUUUAUUAAAGUGAGAACGUGCUUUAUUUAGUGUAAAAUGAUUGCCAUGUGUUUUACUCAUAGAGCUUGCGAUGGAUGGUUUAUUGAAGCAUCAGAAUCUCCUCUAAGUACUUUUAAAGUUACACGUCACCCCGAAUUAACCGUAUGGCUCUUGCUAUAAGUAGCAAAUGCUAAGACAUUGUUUUUUUCAGACUUAACCUGUGGCUUAGCUCACAGUUUGGCAAAGCCAAAAGAACCUCUUUUUUUGCCUUUCGACCAAUCCUAAUCCACCUUGUUUUGACUCGUAUGCCUUUUCUCAGCCCCAGAAUGCCCUAAUCUCUAUCGAUGCCUUUGUCCGUAUCACAAAACCUCACUUGAUCCUACUGUUAUCAUAUGACUGCUCUUAUUUAACUGUGAUUCUGAAGUGGGGUUGCCAAACCAGAAAGCCCUGUUCUGGCCCUGUGAGAGCAUGAAACGUAUACCGUUGGUGCGUGACAGUUUAUAAGCUCUUUGUUCUCAGAAAUGUUGAUGAAAUCAUUGUGCAGCCAACUCUUGUGGCCUAGAAACGUUGCGGUCUAUAUGUAAUGUAUAAGCUCAGUGGUGCAGACGUGAUGUAAACACUGCUCUUUAUUAUUUACGGUAGCUUUUACUGUAAAACAUUUGUUGGUUGUUUAUAGCAGCAAGAAAAGCUAAUAGAUUACAGAGCUGGUGAGGCAGCUAACAUCUAUUCAAUCAUCUGUAUUAGCGUACUUAUAUAAUGUGUACUGAACAUAAAGGACAAAGAUAACAUGUACAGCUUGUAGCCUGUAUAUAGAUGUUUUUUUUUUUAAUCAAAGUCGAUCUUCAAUCAGUGCAUUAAGCUAUUCAGAGGCGUUGUCCGGAGAGGUUUCUCGGUCUGUUACGUGAGUUUGAUUGUAGCGUGAUCAAUCUGUGGAAUGUCAGACUAAUUAUGGUCUGGGAUUUGGAGUCCAGCUCUAUCCAUUCACAAACCAUUAAGCUGAGUCUGCUGGUUUCAAGUGCACUUGUGUUGGUGAGGAGUGAGAAACAGUCGUGCUCUUAUGGCAGUUCCAUACAAUUCAGUGGAACCAUCAAAUGCCAAAAACUAAAGAAACAUUAACAUGCAGGUAUUUACAUAGAAGGUCAAACUGCACUGUGCAGUCGCUCUCAUUGUUUUAUCUUUGAUCUCAACACCUUGGUGCUUGUUGUCUAACAGUGCUUCACAUACAGAGACUGUAUAACAGUAUCACACUAUUAUCUCAGCUGAACCAGCAGACACCGAAUACUACAAGCUGCAGGUUGCUCACAUUUGUAAACUUUGCUCAGCAAUAUUGGUGCUUUUUUUUGGAAAAACUCUAAAGCAGAGCACUUCAAUAUGUAGCAGUGCACACAUAUUUACACAGCAAUCUUCCUUAUCUCUGACAAUAAUGGACACAUCAGAUUUCACUCCAUAUAAAAACAACUAUGCUUAGUAAUGUAGUAACCCAUUCAAAGCAGACAGACGGGCAGACGUGUUUAUCUGUCUGAACUGGUGCCGUCUUUGUGUCUGAGCCUCCCCAGGCUGCUUCUACUGACCUACAUCCAGACCUGUAUUCCCUAAUCAUCAUCACCAUCAUCAUCAUCACACAGUUCUCUUUCUCUCAGUCCUGCCUGUGUAUCUGGUUAAACAUGGGCUGUAAUUGUUUUUUGUCUUUUGAUUACCAGAAAUGCUAUUUUCCUAUUUGCAAAAAUAAAGCAUAAAAACAUGAA